GCGCAGGCGCAGGCGCAGGGCGGCCGGUUCAAACGCGGCCAGGCGGGCUCUGAGCGCGGGACUGGGCGAGUCUGUUUCUUCCCCCAGAGUUCCUACCACGUGCUUACUUUAUGUGAUUAGAAGUCCAAAGGUUGAGUGAUAGUGAGCACUGCUGGGCAAAAUGUCUUUACUGAGUACUGGACAAAUGAAGAGAAAAUGGGAAGAAAGAUUGAAGAAUGUUGAUGAACUAGCAUCUCAAUAUAAAAGAAAGCCACUUUGCCCUGUUUACAGGCCACAGCUGUCCAAACCAUGGCAACCGUGCUCUGUUUGGAAUCUGUUUCGUCGACAAGCUCAAGCUUUUAACUAUGCAAAAACCUGUAAGGAGGAUGUUCAUGUAUUUGCUUUGGAAAUGAACACAGAAGAUGGACAAAGGUAUUAUCUUGUGACAACAUAUACAGAGUUUUGGUUUUAUUACAACAAAGAACAUAAAACAAGACUUAUGCAUUGCUAUGAAGUUAUUCCUGAAAAAGCUGUUUGCAAACUGUAUUUUGAUUUGGAGUUCUAUAAACCAGUGAAUCCUGAAGCUGAUGGCAAGAAGAUGAUUGCAAAGUUAAUUGAGCUUGUUAGUAAAAAGCUGGAAGAACUUUAUGGAGUUAAAUGUUCAGUUGAAGAUGUCUUGAACUUAGAUUCCAGCACUGAUGAAAAAUUUAGCCAUCACUUAAUAUUUCUGCUUUACAAGACAGCAUUUAAGGAUAAUAUUCAUGUUGGUAAUUUUGUGAAAACAGUUUUGCAACCUGCUCUUGUUUUAACUGAAAAUAAAGCUGAUGCUCUGAUUCUAGAAGACGGGGCGGACAGUGUUGCUUCCCAAUCUUCCAAAGCAACAGUUGAAAUAGAUGGUACUGUUGUAAACCUUGGUGCAGCGAAGGAGGCUUCUGGGAAAUGGCAAUCUAAUAUGCACGAAAUGCUGGAAAAUGGAAAACUGCAACAGAAAGAUAAUCCCUAUCUUUCCUUUCUAGUUGUGAAUGAUAAGGAGGGAGGCAAGCAACUUGUCGUCGAUUUGGGAGUUUAUACAAAGAAUAGAAAUUUCCGGCUGUAUAAGUCAUCUAAAGCAGGGAAGCAUGCGACUUUGAAAAUAGCUGAAGAUAACAAGUUUGUUCCUAAACCCAAAAAGAAUAUUUCUGUUGAGGAGCAAUAUUUCCUUUCCUCUUUGGUCUGUAAUGUUAGGUUCUCAGAAAUUGAAAGAGCCCUAACUUGUGACAACCCAGAAGGGAAGGAAAAAAUGCCUAAACAAACAGACAGGAGAGUUGGCAGUAGCACUUCAGAUCCCAUAGAAGGAUAUCAAUAUUCACCCUAUCCAGAAAUUGAUUGUUUUGUCCUUUCUUUAGUUAAUAAAGAGGAUAAUCAUGGAGGGAUACGACGAUGGAAUUAUUUUUCCUUGGAAGAACUCCUUGUUUAUGACAUAUCCAGAUAUCGCUGGUGUAAAAAUAUUGGAAGAGCCCACAAAAGUAACAAUAUAAUGAUUCUGGUAGAUCUAAAAAAAGAAGUUUACUAUCAAAAAUGUUAUGACCCUGUCUGCAGAGCUAAAAACUUCAAAUCAGAAAGUAUUCCAUUACCCGCUGAGAUAUGCCUCCCUUUUCUUUUCAAAGAGGAAGAAUAUGUACUUUUUAUGGAUGAGUGUGGGAACAUAGAAGAAAAAGCAAAAUCACCUAACCUUACAGACUUCUCAGAAAGCACAUCAUUAAGGAUACGUCAAGAAAAUAAGGAGUCUCCUGACAAGCUCUGUUCAAAUACAGAAUGGGACAAUGUGACUGAUGAGGCCUAUUUUCUGGAAGCUAUUGAGGAUGUUGAACUUGCAGAAGCUGCAGACAACAGUCUGACCAAGCAGAACUGUGACUUGGAAGAAAUACCCGAUGAGCUGCUCAUAGAGGUUUUAAGAAAACAAGAAGUUUGUGGUAACAAGAGGCCAAGGACUGAAUAGCUACAGAAACUGAACUAUCCUCUCACCCCUAGAAGUAGCUGCUCCUGGACAGGAAAGAAGCACCAUGGAAGACCCAGGUAGAUCAGUUUACCCUAGUGGUAUCGAUGUUGUGCAGUGUUCUAAAGCUAGACACAGGCUAUCAAGCUGGUACUUCUCAGGAGCACUAAAUUCAAAAUUUAAAAAGAUGCUAAGUGGACAGUGUCAACACUCUCAAAAAGCUUCAUGGACAAUGAUUCAGAUAAAAUUCACUUACUGAGGUGAGGGAUGAAGUGUGGUUAAAACAUGUUUCUUCCCAUAUGUCCAAAUGUUUAGGAUUUUGCCUACAGUCUGUACUGUAUUUUUAGUUACUUUACAAAGGGCAGGCAGGAUCUCUUACCUAUAAGUGGGCCUGCCAAAAGUUUUUAUCUAAAGUAUGGAUUUACCUUUUGAUAAUUUCAUUAUGCUCACCAUCUUCUGUAUGACUUGUUAUAACUAAGCUGUUUUUAAAAAUCUACAUACUAGUUUUAGAAAUAUUUUAUUCAUUACUCAUAGAAUGGUGCAAUAAUUUAUGGAAGCCACUGCUAAGAAUUUAGACAUGACUAUUUGUAAGUUGCCUGUUACAAGCCUAUCUUUAUGCUACUUUAGUUGGAAUUACAACUGAUAUUUAGUGAAAAACCAGUUAUUGCUCAUUCUAAAGAAAAUGUCUACUCUUGUCACUUUGGUAUUUCCAAAUGAUUACUCUGGUAAUCCAAUAAUAAAAUCCUAUUACUUUUAAA